AUGAAGAUACACACUGCUAACAGUGAGGCUCAGAGAUUCGCAUUCUCUCUCUUCUUAAGACAAGUCAGUCGAACCGUCUGCCUGAUCGUUGCACGCUUGUCUUUCUUUUCCCCCCUCUCUCUCUCUCUCUAUUCUUCUUCGUUCUUCGACCUCUCUCUCUUUUUUUUUCCAUGUCUUCGUCUAACGUUUCGAAUUUUCUUCCUCUUCUGUUUUUCGUUCCAUCUCCUCCUCUUCUCUCUUUUUCUAUUUCUUUCCCUCCUUUCUUUCUUCUCGAUCUCUCUGUUAUUUUUUUCUAAUUUUUCGUUUAUAUUUGUUUUUUUUUCUUCUCCUUUCUCCCACUUCUUCUCAUACAAUUCUUUUUCGCCUUCUCUCUCCCUUUUUUCUUCUUCUUAUACUUUUAUUUUACUUCCCUUUCGUUCUUUCAUUUUUUCUUUCCUCUUCUUCCUUUUCCUCCUCCAUCUUCUUCCAUUUCCUCCUCCCUCUUUUUCUCUUUCCUCCCCCUCUUCUUCCCUUUUCUCCUCCCUCUCCUUCCAUUUCCUCCUCCGUCUUCUUCCAUUUCCUCCUACAUCUUCUUCCAUUUCCUCCUCCCACUUUUUCUUUUUCCUCCUCCCUCUACUUCCAUUUCCUCCUUCAUUUUCUUCUCUUUCCUCAUCCCUCUUCUUCCCUUUUCUCCUCCCUCUUCUUCCAUUUCCUCCUCCGUCUUCUUCCAUUUCCUCCUACAUCUUCUUCCAUUUCCUCCUCUCACUUUUUCUUUUUCCUCCUCCCUCUACUUCCAUUUCCUCCUUCAUUUUCUUCUCUUUCCUGCUCCUCCUACUUCCAUUUCCUCCUCCCUCUUCUUCCAUUUCCUCCUCCGUCUUCUUCCAUUUCCUCCUACAUCUUCUUCCAUUUCCUCCUCUCACUUUUUCUUUUUCCUCCUCCCUCUACUUCCAUUUCCUCCUUCAUUUUCUUCUCUUUCCUGCUCCUCCUACUUCCAUUUCCUCCUCCUCUUACUUCCAUUUCCUCCUCCGUCUUCUUCCAUUUCCUCCUACAUCUUCUUCCCUUUCCUCCUCCCUCUUCUUCCAUUUCCUCCUUCAUUUUCUUCUCUUUCCUCAUCCCUCUUCUUCCAUUUCCUCCUCCUCUUACUUCCAUUUCCUCCUCCGUCUUCUUCCAUUUCCUCCUACAUCUUCUUCCCUUUCCUCCUCCUCUUCUUCCAUUUCCUCCUUCAUUUUCUUCUUUUUCCUCAUCCCUCUUCUUCCAUUUCCUCCUCCUCCUACUUCCAUUUCCUCCUCCGUCUUCUUCCAUUUCCUCCUACAUCUUCUUCCCUUUCGUCCUCCCUCUUCUUCUAUUUCCUCCUUCAUUUUCUUCUCUUUCCUCAUCCCUCUUCUUCCAUUUCCUCCUCCUCCUACUUCCAUUUCCUCCUCCGUCUUCUUCCAUUUCCUCCUACAUCUUCUUCCCUUUCCUCCUCCCUCUUCUUCCAUUUCCUCCUUCAUUUUCUUCUCUUUCCUCAUCCCUCUUCUUCCAUUUCCUCCUCCUCUUACUUCCAUUUCCUCCUCCAUCUCUUUUUUACUUCUUUCUUUAAAUUAUUCUUCUCCUCUCUUUCUCACUUUCUUCCCUGUCUCCUUCGUCUUCUUUUUUUUCAUUCAUCGCUAUUUCUUUCUCAUUCUAAAUUCUCUCGUCUUCUUUUUAGCUAUUUCUUCUCAGAAAGGAGAAGUUCAUCUUACGUUUUUUCUUGUCUCAUUUCUCUUCUUUGACUUUCUUUCUUUCAUCUAUUUACCUUUCCUCACCAUCUCUUCCCUUCCCUUUUGUUCUAAUUACUCUUUUUAUAUCUCUUGUCUUAUUCAUUCGGUAAAUAUCAUCAAUUUCCUCUUCCUCUCUCUCUCUCUGCCUCUCUCUCUCUCUCACCAGUAUUUUCUAUCAUCGUUCUUUAUUUCUUUCUUUCUUUCUCUCCCAACCACUUCAAACAGUAGUCUUUUCACAGUAAACCGACCACGUAUACAAUCGCUUCCUCUUCUAACCGCCUUCUGCUUCCUGAUUUGUAGUAUUCUUAUUCACCAGUCUCACCCCCCCCCACCUUGUCCCAGCACCACCACCCGGACCUACCCGUCUUUUCACCCUGUCAGACACUACACUCUUCUCGCUCCACUAUUUGGCUAUCUUUUUUCCGUCUCGCCCCAAUUUUUUUUUUGUUCUUCUUCGCCUCAACUAAAACCAAUGACAGACUUAUUCAUUUCUUUUUCAACACCCUUCAACCUCUCCCUUUCACUCUUUCUCUCAACCUCACUCUCCUUCUUGACUUCCCCACCCUCCGUCCUCUUGCCCUACCCUUGCUGCAAUCGUGAUGAGGAGGCAGACCCCGUAAAUCUGCACCCGGUAUUCUUUCAACCGCCAUCUGUUCACUAA